GUCUGGUCGUUAGACUCACAUUCUUGCUACAUCCUAAUUAACACUUUUCAUUGUGAACUCAAAUGACGUCAAGUUAGCGCGCCUUAAUCAGGCUCCAUUGCGUGUUCCGACUCCGGUUUCAAUUCCGGUGGUCUAAUUUCCAGUUUUGGUGUGACAUGAGUGGAAAUGUGGUCAAGCACAGAUCGAAUCAAAAGAAAGAAGAAAAUGGUGUUGGGCCCAAGAAGCCAUCCCAGAAACUAAAGUGCAACCCGAAGAAUACACUUGUCCUAUGGAAGUCCCCUGUGUCAACUCUGUAUAGCUUCUUCUUGGAGUGCGUCUUCCGCUUCACUCAGUUGCGAUUUACUGUCCUUCGUAACAAGGGCCGGUUCUUCCUUCUUUUUUGUACACUUAUUUCCAUUGGGUUACUCAAUUGCGUGGAUGGACCCCACACUGAAGUAUGUUUCUUUGUCAAGUAAUUACCUCCUAGGUCUUUCAACGCCUACAGAAAACCAUACUGUGGUGGGGGUGGUGGGUAUGGUUAGGUUUUCUUUCCUCUUGUGGAUUUGGUACGGGGCUUCAUACAUUUGUGCUGUACCUUGUAAGACACGUCGAUUAUUCCUCACACGUUUUCAGGGCCCCUUCAUUGCAGAAGUGACCAUGAGUGCCUACGAGUGCAAAACACUGAAAUUCCCUCGGCCACCCUACCCUGACAGAAUUAUAUGUCCAGAAGGAGCGUUCUUGGAGGAAAGAAUUACGUUCUGGCGAAUCAUGCGUAAGGUUCAAAUGGAAUCGAUUAUGUGGGGCAUUGGAACUGCCAUUGGUGAACUUCCACCUUACUUCAUGGCACGCGGAGCGAGGCUGUCUGACCGCCACAAUGAUGAGGAUUUGAAGGAGUUGGAGGAAAUUUUGGCCACGGAGCAGACAUCUGAUUCAGUCCACACGAAAGAUCUCUCAUUCCAAAAGAGAGCUGAGCUACUACUUCACCGGUUGAUCAUCCGGGCGGGAUUUGUGGGAAUUUUGCUUUGUGCCUCCGUUCCUAACCCUUUAUUCGACUUGGCGGGAAUGACUUGUGGACACUUUUUAGUUCCAUUUUGGUCGUUCUUCGGAGCAACCGUCAUUGGCAAGGCCAUCAUCAAAGUUCAUCUUCAGCAGUUCACUGUGAUCGCCCUUAGUUCCGAACAUCAUGUGGAAUCUUUGGUACACCUGAUGGGUCGAAUACCUGUUUACGGAAGAAGUUUACAGGCACCGUUCCUGGAAUAUCUGCAACAACAAAAGGCUAAUCUGCAUAACAAGGUCACCACCACCCAUCAAAGCUGGCUCCAGACAAUCAUUUUCCUGAUCGUUUCGGGUCUAAUUUGCUCCUUUGUUGUAUCUAUCAUCCAUGCGUUGGCCAACAAAUAUCAACGCCGGCUUCGGCAGUGGCAACGUUUAGCGGAGGCUGAGAACCUGAAUUCAAAAUAGAGUGUUCCUCAACCGUUCGGUCUUCGUUUUUACACAAGACAGACAACUCUACCGCAGACAAUCCACGUUUUUGUGUGGAUUCUGAGAAAAAGGAUAUGGUACCCUUUGCUGUCGUGGAGUUGUACUGUACGACAGCCUAACACUGUUUCUCAUGUUCCCACCAGAUGCUGUGAUGGGCCUCACCCCACCGUCCCAUUCCUAAUUUGUUCGAUACCCUGUGGAUUGCAACCAUAUUUCUCGCUCUCUUAUGUGUGCAUUUUGUCACUGACUAUGUCUUCUUGACAGUGUUGCCUGACGUGCGUAGGUGUGUUUUACAACCUUACAGGCUCGUCCACCUCAGUCAGCCUGUGGUUCCCUCCUAUUUUCGUCCCCAAUAUACUUACGUUUAUGUCCGAUUCCUUGUUGGAUUGAUCGCUGUAUCUUGUUUUUGGACUAGGCCCGGAAAUCUGUGCUCUUGUUGAUAGUGAAAUGUCAAGCGGUGUUUGUUAUAUUCAGGAUGAUGAUUCAUUGAUUCAUCAUGAAGCCAUA